UAAUAUGUAGAAACUAUGUCACUGAGUUCAUUGCACAUUUCAGGCAUAUCUGGACCCCCUGGACCCGCAGGUCCUCCUGGACCCCCAGGGAAUCAAGGACCAGGUGCAAAAGGAGAACCUGGGGUCGCAGGACCUCGUGGAGAAAAAGGUGACACUGGGAACAUUGGUCAAAAAGGAGAGCGUGGAAUUGUUGGUCUUCCUGGACAAAAAGGAAAUGUUGGUCCACCUGGAAUUCCAGGCUUGAUCGGACCACCUGGUUUGAAUGGAAAUCAAGGACCACCAGGUUCUAAAGGUGAAAAGGGAGACUCAGGAAAUGCACCAGAGUUGAACGUGCGUCUUAUACCAGGAAAAUAUCGAGGGAGAGUAGAGGUGAAACACAACGGGGUGUGGGGCACCAUUUGUGACGACAACUUUGACAUAGUGGAUGGUCGAGUUCUCUGUAAGAUGUUGGGCUUCCAAACAUGCGUUACCACCUUCACUGCCACCGCAGGGACUGGCAAAAUCUGGCUGGAUGACCUGCGAUGCUUAGGAACUGAGUCAGACAUCUUUGACUGCGCACAUAAUGGAAUUAGUGUCAACAACUGCCAACACAAUGAGGACGCUGGACUACAAUGUAUCUAGACUAACAUCACACACACACACACACACACACACACACACACACACACACACAGUACACAUAUACAGAAGUACAAUCCAGCAACAAUAUUAGUAGAAAAGAUUGCUACUGUUAAUGUCAUUAAUCAAAUACAAAAAUGCAUCCAGUUAUACUGUAUCUGUUUGAUAAUUGUGUUUAAACACAUAACCAUAAUACUCUAACAUGUUAUUGUCAUGUAUGUAAAAAAGCAUGGUAAUAAAAGCAUCUUGAGAUAAA